UCGUAGAAAAUGAUUCCGCCAUGUUUGUUGUGAGUAGUAUACGGAGGUCUAUGUCGACACUCAUUUUUGUUCUUUUUGUGGUAUUAGGAUGUUUCGUUUCGCUUUCAAACCAGUGUGACAAGAAUAGCGACUGUAAAAAUGGCUACUGUAGAGCGGGUAUGUGUAUUUGCAAUCCAGGAUGGUGGGGAAAUCUUUGCCAGUUUUGUCGCCUCAGACUGGACCAAGAUAGUGGAAUAAUUACUGAUGGAGAUGGUAAAUAUGCCAGUGCAUCAAAAUGCUCAUGGCUAAUAGAAUCCAAAAAGCCAAAUAGCACUAUUCAUUUGAAUUUGGAAGAAGUUGCAACUGAGUGUAUUUGGGAUAAUUUGUAUAUUUAUGAUGGAAAGUCUGUCAAAAGUCCUUUAAUAGCCGUGAUAAGUGGAAUUAUUAGAGAUGCAUCGAAAGACAGAUUCGCUGAUGGUCCGGUGCUACAGUUUGAAGCCAAAUCAGGGGCAGCAUUUCUCUAUUUUUAUAGUGAUAAAUACUAUGUUGAAGAUGGAUUCAGGAUAAGAUAUAGCAUCACCAAAGAUUGUUCAGCAAGAUGCAGUUUCCAUGGCCACUGUGAUUCAAAUGAACUCUGUGUCUGUGAUGCAGGAUGGACUGGUCCCAGUUGUGAUAUUCAGACCUGUAUAACUGAGUGUGUCAAUGGAUACUGUGAUAACAGCACAAGACUGUGUGUGUGUGACUCGGGAUUCACUGGUGCCUCUUGCAAUAUUACAGGAGACAGAGGGCACUGGAUACACCAUUCAUCAACAGGCCAAGACCUAAUUCAAGGCCGAGCAUCUCAUGCUUCUGCUCUUCUGGGUGACUACAUGUGGGUCUUUGGUGGCUAUUCAUUAACCUCAGAGCCAUUUGAGAACCUUAUCAGAUAUCACAUUCCUAGUGACAGUUGGCAAGUAAUAUUGCCAGCUGUCAAUUCAACCAGGGGUCCAUCCAGGCGUUAUGGUCACUCAAUGAUUGCUUAUAAUUCAACCCUGUAUAUAUUCGGUGGUAGAAUAGGAAAAAAAGCAACCAAUCAACUAUGGUCUUUCGAUACUGAAAAGCUAGAGUGGGACUUGGUAACCAGUGAUGGUGAUUCCCCUCUUUACGUCGCUGGACACACAGCUACUCUGGUUGACUCCACAAUGAUUGUCCUGUUUGGUUUUGGACCCAAUAGAGGCUAUACAGACAGAGUUCAAGAAUUUGACUUGGAGACUGGAAAAUGGAGCAUAUACACGACUCCCACAGAGAUUAUUGCCCCGUCAUAUGGACACAGCAGUGUUUAUGAUCCAGUGGGGAAAUUAAUCUACGUUUACGGUGGGAUUGCCUCAGUGGGUUCUGAUAAGCUCUCUACUGCACUGACAUCUUAUGAUCCAAAAGCAAGGAUAUGGAAAUCUCUCAAAAACAGCAGUUUUCCUCGCUUUCUGCAUUCUGCUGUUUUACUGGGUGACCUGAUGUUAGUAUUUGGUGGUAGUUCACACAAUGGUACAUCACAGGGGCAGUCUGACUUUCCGUGCUUUUCCAUGGACUUUGUUGCAUACAGCUUGACCUGUGAUGAGUGGAAGAGGAUGCCUGAGUCAGGACUUUUAAAAUCUGCUGGACGUUAUGGACACACUGCUGUGCAAGUCAACAGAACCAUGUAUGUUUUUGGAGGAUUUCAAGGGGUUGUCUUUAGUGACAUUUUAUCAUUCACUCCAGGACCUUGUGAUUUGAUUAAGGAUAAAGAAACAUGCCAAAACCACUUAAACACAUCUGAGUGCGUAUGGAAUGACUCCACCUCUUUGUGCAUUGGACCAGAGAGUUGUGUACAGCCAGAGGUCACAGUGGAAAAAAAGUGCUCAGAAAUGAAUGACAGUUGUAGUAGAUGUACUUCCAGUUUACAUGGCUGUUCAUAUUGCGAAGGAAUAUGUGUGAAAGGAGCAUGUCCUGAUGGUCAGGAAAAAAUUGAUUCUCCAGCAAAGUGUGAUAAAAAGCAAACAUCAUACAAGAAAUGUGAAGGUUCAAAUUGUAAAGAGAAGUCAUGCCACAAAUCGACAUCUUGUGAAGAAUGUGCAUUAGGUUGUAUGUGGUGUGAGUCACAGAAGCUCUGUGUGGCUAACAAUGCCUACACUGUGAAUUUCCCUUUUGGCCAGUGUCGUGGUUGGGUCCAAGGGAAGUGUUCAACUGUGCGCUGUUCCGGCAUGAAGACCUGUGCUGACUGCCACACCCUUCCUGGUUGUGGCUGGUGUGAUGACGGAUCAGGGACUGGGUUGGGGCAGUGUAUGGACGGAGGAGAUGAUGGCCCUUUUACUAAACCAACAAACUCUUCAAUGAACCAAUGCCUAGCAGACCGCUGGUACUUUAUGAAGUGUCCAGAUUGCCAGUGUAAUGGACACAGCAAAUGCAUCAAUAAGAACAUCUGUGAAAAGUGCGAGCAUCAGACGGACGGGCCUCAUUGUGAGGUGUGUGCGGCUGGUUAUUUCGGUGAUGCAAAGAAUGGUGGAAAGUGUGAAGCUUGCCAAUGUAACGGUCACGCGGACACAUGUGAUGAUAAGACUGGAGUCUGUGAUUGUUUUGACCGUUAUGUGACUGGGGAUAACUGCGAAAGAUGUGACGACGGAGUUCGUUCCACGGUGAUCGUUGGUAACGCAACAAAUGGCGGUCACUGUUACAAUAAACUCAACAGUAAUUAUGAAUACACGUACAAUGUGUCCAACAAGACAAGAAUAAGCUUCCUCAACAUUCCUGAAAAGGACGACAUCGAUGUGGAAAUUACUGUGAGAGUCAAAGAGGGCAAGUCUGCUCUGAUGAAUUUGUCGUACAGCUCAGAUGCUUCAGAGGAAGAAACACUCGUGCACUCUCGGGAAAUAGGGUCCUACCAGCAAACCUUCUCAUAUGGCGUCUUUCCGUUUGGCCGCCGGGACAAAUUCACCUUUAAGGUUCACAUUUUUGACAUCAAAGGAUUCAUUACCCUUGAGAUUGCGUUCCUCCAGAGUCGCAAGUUCCUGAUUCUCAACUUCUUUAUUACGUUUUUCGCCUGUUUCUUUUCCCUUCUGUUCGUGGUGGCCCUUGCGUGGAAGAUUAAAGUCAGAUAUUCAAACUAUGUCAUGGCUCGGCAUCGUCAUGAAGAGAUGAAACUAAUGGCCAGCCGACCAUUUGCCAAAGUGGGUUUGGCUCUCACAGAGCCAGUUCAACUAGAAACAAAGAAGAAACCACUAUCGGCUAUUGCUAUCCAACCAACGGAAAAUCACGAAGCUGACGUGGGAGUGUUCGUGAUGAGAUUACCGGGAUCAGAAAAUGGCUUCACUCCUGUUGGUCAGAUGGGUGUGUGCUGCGCAACCGCGCUAAUUACACGCGGGCAAGUGACUACCCAGAGUCUUCACAUGCCUGUGAUGAAAGGGACAGUUGUCAAGAGAUCUAGUAUGGUCAGGACCUGUUGUAUGUGAAGAUCUUGGCGGACGUAGGCUGAAUGAAUCUGCUUUAUUUUAAAUCCCUUAUUGAAACUGACGGGUGCCCGAGAAUUACCGAAGAUUGCUACAUUCGAAAAAAAAAAUUCCUUAGUAUGAUGAGCACGUCGACGUCUGCGGAAAACAGUUCCC